AUCCUUUUUAAGCUUCCUUAUUUUCCCUCUUUCCCAACUCCAUACAUCAAAAACCCCAUCGGAAUUCCUAACCACAUUGACGUUUCUGGUUACCAUAAACGUCUUAAAAGUUCUUUUUUUUUUCCGGGUAUUCGUUCAGUUCAGUCAUGAAAUUUUUCUCUCAAUUCGGGUCAUGUUGCGGCGGCGGCGGCGGCAGAACCCCUGGACCUACCGCCACCGCUGCCACCACUACCGCCACCGCCAGUGCUCCCAAACCCUUACCCGUUGCGACUCCCCAGACAAAAGACGACGUGGGUCGUCGAUUUCAGGUGGAAAAGAAGGCUACAAUUCCUUCAGGCGACGGAUUAAGAAGAUUGAAGCCGACGAAAUCGAAAGAUUGGAAACCAUCAAUACAGGGGAUUCCAGAGGAUAAUGAUAUGAUGAUAAUCAAUGAAUCUUCUCUUCCCAAACAUAAGGCCGAGUUUGGAAACGAUUCGAACUUGCGGGGAGUUCUCCGGGCGCACUCACCAUUUAUAUAGUCUUUGCUUUCUUUGCUUUUGUAGGCUGUAGCUUCAAAGAUUUGGAUCUCAUGGCAAAGUGGAAAUUGGGUGGAUUUUAGAGAUUAGAAUUGAAACAUUAUUCCAAUUUUUUUUUAUUUUUCUUUUGGUUUUCAUUCUUUUGGUUUUUUCUUUUUUGAUUCGUUAUCUUCCAUAAUUACUUGUGUUUUUGAAUUGUGAUCGAUGUCU